AUGGCUCUAACGGUGAAUGGCCUUUUCCAGGCGAUCGACCAUGACUACGCGUUGUGGCUUGCUGCCGCAACCCUGUUUGCCUUUGGGUUGUAUUGGUGGUCGACACUCACAGACAUCCCCAAGAUCAAAGGCAUCCCGGAAAUACCAGGCGCUUUACCUAUCCUCGGCCAUCUACUACAGCUCGGUCCCGAUCACGCAACGGUUUGCGAAGGAUGGUGGCGUAAGUACCGUCAGUCCGUCUUCCAAAUUCGUCUCGGCAACACUCGAGCCGUUGUGGUGAAUUCAUUCGAAGACGCAAAGCAGAUGUUGAUCGGCCAUCAAACCGCUGUCAUUGACAGGCCAACACUGUACACUUUCCAUGGAGUGAUAUCAUCAACUCAAGGCUUCACCAUUGGCUCGAGUCCGUGGGAUGCAUCGUGCAAGAACAAACGAAAGGCCGCCGGUCAAGCUCUGGGGCGACCUGCUAUGAGAGGGUAUUUCGACAUGUUCGACCUCGAAUCGUACUGCAUCAUUCGCGACCUCUUCCGUGAUAGCAUGAAUGGCAAACAAGAGAUUGCGGUUCGACCAUAUAUCCAGCGCUAUGCCCUCAACACGACCUUGACCCUCUGUUAUGGUAUCCGAAUGGACAAUGUUUAUGAUGAAAUGCUCAGAGAAAUUCUGCAUGUCGGCUCGGCCAUUUCCCUCCUGCGAUCUGCCUCAGAAAACUAUCAAGAUUACGUUCCUAUCCUGCGCUACUUCCCCAGCAACGAAAAGAACCGACGAUCCAAGGAACUUCGCGAUCGUCGUGAUCGAUACCUGAAUUUCCUCCUCAACAAAGUCCGGGACAUGAUCAAAAAGGGCACCGAUAAGCCCUGCAUCAGCGCCGCCAUCCUCAAAGACCAAGAAACAAAACUGACCGGCGUGGAAGUCUCAUCCAUUUGUCUCUCGUUGGUGUCGGGCGGCUUUGAAACCAUUCCAGGCACCUUGACGUCGUGUAUCGGUUCACUGUCAACCAAAGAAGGCCAAAUUUUCCAGGACCGUGCGUACGAGGACAUCAAGCGAUACUACCCCGACAUCCGCUCGGUGUGGUCCCACAGUUUCCAAGAGGAGAAAGUCCCCUACGUCAACGCCAUCAUCAAGGAAGCUGCGCGCUACUAUACGGUCAGCGCCAUGUCCUUGCCCCGCAAGACCGUGACUGAAAUCGACUGGAACGGCGCCAAAAUCCCCGCCAAGACCAUGAUCCUCAUCAACGCGCAAGCGGCGAACCACGACAUCGACCACUUCGGCCCUGAUGGCGGCGUCUUCAAUCCCGAACGAUGGCUGAAUGACGAAUUCGUCAUGAAACCAUCAAGCGUUGCACCAGAAGAAAAGCCCGGCCAGGGAAUUCAGCAUUUCUCGUUUGGAGCUGGAUCAAGAGCUUGUUCCGGCCAAUUCAUCGCCAGCCGGCUUCUGUACACGGCGCUCAUAAGAUUGCUGACGUGUUACAAGAUUGUAGCGAGCGAGACGGAGCCUCCUAAUACAGACUACGUGGACUACAAUCAAUUCAAGUCCGCAUUGGUGGCGAUCCCGAGGGAUUUCAAGGUCAUGCUUGUCCCCAGACAUGCGGAGAGCGCGAUUAAAGAGGUAAUGGCCGAUGCGGCAGAAAGGACGAAAGACUAUUAUGUGGAGGAUAACUGA